AUGGACCCAAUCAGCGCCGUCGGAAUAGCUCUCAGUGUAGCAUCCUUGGCUGGUCAACUGUUUACAGGAUGCAUUCAAGGGAUUCAAUUUAUCAUCACAGCAAAGAAUGUACCUGAAGAGUCAAAGUACUACAAUUUGAGAUUGCGAAUGGAACAGCAGAGAUUAUUUGCAUGGAGUGAGACUUCCGGUCUACUAGACCUUGAGGAUCAAAAUAGCCAGAAAAUCCGCGAAUCCAAUACAUUUGUCAUUCAUCGGACCACCAUCCUGGAUCUUCUUGUUCAAAUUGAGUGCUUAUUCAAGGAAUUUGAGAAUGCCCAGAGAAAAAAUAAGCAUCUCAAGGUUGUCCUUGACUUCGUGUCGGAUGAAAACUUUAUUGAUCCAGCCAAAGAUGCCUCCAGUGCUAAUGUACCGCUGUCCGAAUCGAGAAGGAAAUUCAUAAUGAAAGCUAUGAAAUCCCUCAAGAAAAAUGCUACAGAUCAUGUUACCGAAGGGGCACGACGCCUUUGGUGGACUGCUUUCGACAAGGAAGCAUUUGAGAUGCUUCUUCAGCGAUUCUCCACACUAAAUGAUAACAUGACGAAUAUCCUUGACACCCGUUUGCAAACUGAGAUUCAUCGGACGACUCAAGACACAAACCGAGGAGUACUACAGCUCCACAAAGACCUUUCCUCUCUCUGCCAAUUGGUAAUGGCUCUGGAUAUCAAGAUUGAUGCCCGGACAAACUACACUCCAUCAAUCACACAUGAGUAUGGGGACGACAACAGCUCAGGCUUGAAACUCUUAUCCCAGCUUGCCAAAUUCAAAGCAUUCAACGAAUCAAUAAAUCCCACAACCGAAAGCUCAACUUGGGAUGAGGCAACAGGAGAAGCUCUCUCAUUGGGAAGACCUGAUGAUGAGAGAGUGGGUCUCCAGAUCGACAAGUCAAGCAUCAAGUUUGCUCCUGGUGAAGCUUCAAUAGAAGAAAAUGCUAUUAGAUGCGAGGCUACAUAUUUCCACGACGAUAUUGAAGAACCAGUAUGGAUCGAAUGGAAAGAAUACGAUUGUAGCCCUAACGCUACCUCUCCGUCACGCCUUAUAAUGGACCGUGUCCAGAAACUUGCUGCACUCCUUCAUCAUGAGCCAAAACCAGAAGCUUUUCGUGUCCCUCAUUGUCUUGGCUAUUUCGAUAAUCUUGCACCCCAACCUACUCUACUCUCUACCGAAAUCUCUAGCGACUCCGAAGAAGAUGAACCACCAGAGGCACGCAUUGGACUAGUCUUUCGGAAGCCAUCUUCGAUCAAUACCUCGCCCGUUUCUCUCAUUCAGUUGUUCUCAAAUUACCCCAAGCCACGCAUCACAGAUCGUAUAAAAUUAGCUCACGCACUUUCAAAUUGCUUAUUAUAUCUACAUUCCGUCAAUUGGCUGCAUAAAGGGCUUCGCUCGCACAAUGUGGUAUUCUUUCCAGUUACAUCAGAGGAUGAUAGACCUCAAAUGGUGAUUUGGGACCAAGUAUAUUUAAGUGGCUUUGACUUUGCCCGACCAGCAAGGAAGGAUGAAACGACAGAAGUUCCAGGAGACGGUGAGGAGCAUAAUAUGUAUAGACAUCCAAGUACCCAAAACAUUGGAUUCGGCCCAAGAGAGAGCUACCGAAAAAGCUUUGACAUAUAUAGUUUUGGUGUGGUAUUAGUUGAACUGUGUUUCUGGAAAUCAAUAACAGAGAUCGUGACUGUAAUCAGCGAACGACCAUCUAAAAAAGCCAAAAAUGUGCAAGGAAUUCUCAUGAGCGAGGACAUGCUAUCAAAAAUAGGAGCAGAAAUGGGCGAAAUAGUAGAAGAAGUUGUAAAAAAGUGCAUAGUGGGAGGCAACGAGUUAGGCAUAGAAGAUGGAGAAGAUGAAAUGGGCGAUGAAAGAGUCGCAUCAAAACUCGGAAGGAAGUUUUUCGAAAACGUAGUCAAAAAGCUAGGCGAUGUCAAAGUCUAA